AUGGACGCGAAUUACGAGAAUAAUAAUAAUGACUCGGAUCCAUUCCGCAAAACCUGCCUCAUACCCUAUCCGAAUGUCGACGACCUCCCACCCACACUGCGUGAUAAACUGAAUAUCUUGCCUUUCCGCCGCAACAUCCUUAUGACUAUAUCACACUCCCAUGGUCUUGCACCGCACCUGCUCGGCCUGAUUGGUUCCUGCUUCGAUGGCACUCAGCGCGGUCUCCCAACACUUGACUGGCAGUUGAUUGUGUUACGAACGGCUUCGGUUCUCAAAGCAAAGUACGAGUACGAUGUGAAUCUUCCGGUGGCUGAAGUUUACGGCAUGCCUCAAGCGAAAAUCGACUCUAUUGCGUGUCCCACAGAAGCAAUUCAGGAUAAAAGUCAGGGCCCGUGGACCGAUCGAGAUAAGAUUCUACUUCGGCUCGUGGAUGAGCAAUUAGCCACGUAUACUAAUGAAGAGAAAACAAUUCAGGAAAGUAUCGAGAUACUUGGCGCUGAUAUGGUCGUGGAAGUGCUGAUUGUUAUUGGGAUUUAUGCCCUUUUGGCAAGGUUGAUCAAAGGGUUGAGAAUAGAUGAUGAUCACGAGAUUCCUGAUUUGAAGGAAAAGAUUCAGAAGGCUAUUACUGCGACAAAAUAG